GAGCUGUGUCCCUGUUACCCACUCCUUUCAUUAUCCCCUCCAUCUACAACAAAAUGGCCGACACCGAGGGCGCGGGCACCUCAUCCGUAUCCGAGCCUUUGGACCUCGUCCGCCUCUCCCUCGACGAGAUCGUUUUUGUCAAGCUGCGGGGUGAUCGCGAGCUCAAGGGUCGUUUACACGCUUACGACAGUCAUUGCAAUCUGGUUCUAGGUGAUGUUGAGGAGACAAUCUACGUUGUGGAGGAGGACGAGAACGAGCAAGAGCACAUCCGAACGAUCAAGAAACAGGAAGAGAUGCUGUUCGUUCGAGGUGACUCGGUCGUUUUAAUAUCUCCCCAAGCCUGAUUGAUUCAAACUGUGAUCCAUUGCAACUUUAGAAAGAGUACGCACUUCAUUCGGGGACUGUUUGCCAUAACGAGUCUCCGACUUCACGAGCCAUCAUACUGGGGCUACGAAUUCGACGA